GUAAAUAAAUACACUAUUAUAAAAGGAGACUCAAACUUACAAAUCGAGUGUGCGCAUAUAAUUCAAAUAUAGGUAAGUUAAAUGAAUUUUCAUUUAAAAAUUUGAAUAUGUCGAAAAUGUAUUAAUUGCAAUAAUAUAAGUUUAUUUAUACAUGUAGAUAAUUUUCAGAUUUAAGAAAUUUUUUACGAUGAUGUAAUACAUACAUAGGCAUAUACAGACACGUAUAUAUGCGUACAAUCUAACCUUUAUUUAAUAUUAUUGAGGUUUGUAAUACUAAAAAUUAAUUAGUUAGAAAAUUCGAAAAAAAUAAUUUGUAAAAACGGGAAACUAUUUGUAUUCAAAUUCGAUAGCCGAUAUAAAUUGUCUUUUAUAUUGGUAUCAAUUGUCGUAGAUUUUCAUUUUGUAAUUCUGAAAGGUGGUAUCACUAAUUUGACACUUCUAAUUUGACGCUUCUGCGUUCUCUGAAGAGAUUGUUGAAUAAUUUGUGAAUGUGUUUCAAAAAUUUACUGCAAUAAUAUACUGAACUUUAUGGUAAAUAUAAUGGCUGUAGUGAAAUUAAAUGCAUCUACUUCACCUUCCAUUGAAUUAAGUUCGUACAGAGAUCAACAUUUUAAGGGAUCUAGAGCAGAGCAAGAUAGACUUCUUAGAAAUUCUUCUACUUUAUAUGUUGGUAACCUCUCUUUUUAUACUACAGAAGAACAAAUAUAUGAAUUGUUUUCCAAAUGUGGAGAUAUCAGACGUAUUAUUAUGGGAUUAGAUAAAUAUAAAAAAACUCCCUGUGGUUUUUGUUUCGUCGAAUAUUAUCAAAGAUCAGACGCAGAAAAUUGUAUGCGAUAUAUUAAUGGUACACGUCUUGACGAUAGGAUUAUUCGAACAGACUGGGAUGCUGGAUUUAUAGAAGGUAGACAAUAUGGACGUGGAAAGACAGGAGGACAAGUAAGAGACGAGUAUAGAUCUGAUUUUGAUACCGGAAGAGGAGGUUAUGGUAAGAUAAUUCAACAAAAAGUAACACCUCUCUCGGAUGGUAAUUUUGGACGGUGAAAUAAAAAUAGUCAGCAUUAUUCUAAGCUGUAUUUAUCUUUGUUCAUGAUCAAAUCCAAAAUACAUAUAAAAUAUAUUUAUAAAGAUUUAUCUUUAUAAUUGGUUACUUUUUUUUUUUUAUUGAUUACUUCUCUUUUAUAAUAUUUCAAUAGAUAUAUAUAUAAUUUUUAGUAAAAGGAGGAGAAACAAACAUGGUAACAUUGAUGAGACAUUUGCAGCCAACAAUAUAAUAUAAUAUGAACAAAGAUAUUAUAUUAAAUUACUAUUUAUAUAUGAAAGCAUAAAAUUUGUAAAAAAAGAAAGUGAAAAAAUGACGAUGAAUAAAGUAUCUUAUCAU